CGCGCGGGCCAAAGGGAGGAGGGCUAGUCUGCGCGAGGCGGCUGCACCGGGUUUGCGAGCCAGGCGGCAGCUGAAGCUUAGGGGAGGAGCUGAAGGCAGCGGUCGCGGCUCCCGCCCGUACAGAACACUCAGCCCGCGAAGCCCCCUCCCACACUCGGGCGGGCGGCGGCGGCGGCGGGAGGAGUAGAAGGAGGAGGGAGCGUCUCUGCCGCCGCCUCCUGGUCCCCAGCGCCGAUCAGCCGCCACCACCUCCCUUCGCGACGAUCCUCCCUCCAUGGUACUGUCGCGGCCCCCCCUGUAGCCCGAGCUGCCCCGCGCCGGAACCGGUCUAGGGCAGAGGGAGCGGUCGCGGCCUCGCGGCCCGCGCGGGCUGACGAGCGGAGAGUGCGGCGCCUCGCGAUCCCCGAGGGUCCGCACGCCCGGCAGCGCGGCCGCGAGCGACAGCGCCAAGAGCAGCGGGCGGGCGGGCGGCGCCGGGCCCGGGCCGCCCUCGCUCCCACGCCCCGGCCCCGCCGCCCGCGCCGGGGAGGCAGCCGGCAGAGGAAAGGCGCUGCAGUCUCCCGGCCUCGCGGCCGCGGUUGAGCUUCCUCAGCACUGAGGGCUUGCGGGUCCGGUGGAGAGGACGCGAGCCCGGAGCUCCCGGCACUGAGCUCUUGGGCGCCCCCAACCCAGUUUUCAGAACCCUCCACGCUGCGGCCACUGUCCCCUCCGGACCAUGGCCGACGACGACGUGCUGUUCGAGGAUGUGUACGAGCUGUGCGAGGUGAUCGGCAAGGGUCCCUUUAGUGUUGUACGACGAUGUAUCAACAGAGAAACUGGGCAACAAUUUGCUGUAAAAAUUGUUGAUGUAGCCAAGUUCACAUCAAGUCCAGGGUUAAGUACAGAAGGUAAGAGAUGGAUUUCAAAUCUAAAGCGGGAAGCCAGUAUCUGUCAUAUGCUGAAACAUCCACACAUUGUAGAGUUAUUGGAGACAUAUAGUUCAGAUGGAAUGCUUUACAUGGUUUUUGAAUUUAUGGAUGGAGCAGAUCUGUGUUUUGAAAUCGUAAAGCGAGCUGAUGCUGGUUUUGUGUACAGUGAAGCUGUAGCCAGCCAUUACAUGAGACAGAUACUGGAAGCUCUGCGCUACUGUCAUGAUAAUAACAUAAUUCACAGGGAUGUGAAGCCCCACUGUGUUCUCCUCGCCUCGAAAGAAAACUCGGCACCUGUUAAGCUUGGGGGCUUUGGGGUAGCCAUUCAGUUAGGAGAAUCUGGACUUGUCGCUGGAGGACGUGUUGGAACACCUCACUUUAUGGCCCCAGAAGUAGUCAAGAGAGAGCCUUACGGAAAGCCUGUCGAUGUCUGGGGCUGUGGCGUGAUCCUUUUCAUCCUGCUCAGUGGCUGUUUACCUUUCUAUGGAACCAAGGAAAGAUUGUUUGAAGGCAUUAUUAAAGGAAAAUAUAAGAUGAAUCCAAGGCAGUGGAGCCAUAUCUCUGAAAGUGCCAAAGACCUAGUGCGCCGCAUGCUGAUGCUGGAUCCCGCUGAAAGGAUCACUGUUUAUGAGGCACUGAAUCACCCAUGGCUUAAGGAGCGGGAUCGUUAUGCCUACAAAAUUCAUCUUCCAGAAACAGUGGAACAACUGCGGAAAUUCAAUGCAAGGAGGAAACUAAAGGGUGCAGUACUAGCUGCUGUGUCAAGUCAUAAAUUCAACUCCUUCUACGGGGACCCUCCUGAAGAGUUGCCAGAUUUCUCUGAAGACCCUACCUCCUCAGGACUUCUAGCAGCAGAAAGAGCCGUCUCUCAGGUGCUGGACAGCCUGGAAGAGAUCCAUGCACUCACAGACUGCAGUGAAAAGGACCUAGAUUUUCUACACAGUGUUUUCCAGGAUCAGCAUCUUCACACACUGCUAGAUCUCUAUGACAAAAUUAACACCAAGUCUUCACCACAAAUCAGGAAUCCUCCAAGCGAUGCAGUACAGAGAGCCAAAGAGGUAUUGGAAGAAAUUUCAUGUUACCCUGAGAAUAAUGACGCAAAGGAACUAAAACGCAUUUUAACACAACCUCAUUUCAUGGCCUUACUGCAGACUCACGACGUAGUGGCACAUGAAGUUUACAGUGAUGAAGCGUUAAGGGUCACACCUCCCCCGACAUCUCCCUAUUUAAAUGGUGACUCUCCAGAAAGCGCUAACGGGGACAUGGACAUGGAGAAUGUGACCAGAGUUCGGCUGGUGCAGUUCCAAAAGAACACAGAUGAGCCGAUGGGAAUCACUUUGAAAAUGAAUGAGCUAAAUCAUUGUAUUGUUGCAAGAAUCAUGCACGGGGGUAUGAUUCACAGGCAAGGUACACUUCAUGUUGGUGAUGAAAUUCGAGAAAUCAAUGGCAUCAGUGUCGCGAACCAAACAGUGGAACAGCUACAAAAAAUGCUUAGGGAAAUGCGGGGGAGUAUUACCUUCAAGAUUGUGCCAAGCUACCGCACUCAGUCUUCAUCCUGUGAGAGAGAUUCCCCCUCCACUUCCAGACAGUCCCCUGCUAAUGGUCAUAGCAGCACUAACAAUUCUGUUUCGGACUUGCCGUCAACCACCCAACCAAAAGGACGACAGAUCUAUGUAAGAGCACAAUUCGAAUAUGAUCCAGCCAAGGAUGACCUCAUUCCCUGCAAAGAGGCUGGCAUCCGAUUCCGAGUUGGUGACAUCAUUCAGAUUAUUAGUAAGGAUGACCACAACUGGUGGCAGGGUAAACUGGAGAACUCCAAAAAUGGAACUGCAGGUCUCAUUCCUUCUCCUGAACUUCAGGAAUGGCGAGUAGCUUGCAUUGCCAUGGAGAAGACCAAACAGGAGCAGCAGGCCAGCUGUACUUGGUUUGGCAAGAAAAAGAAGCAGUACAAAGAUAAAUAUUUGGCAAAGCACAACGCAGUGUUUGAUCAAUUAGACCUUGUCACAUAUGAAGAAGUAGUCAAACUGCCAGCAUUCAAAAGGAAAACAUUAGUCUUAUUAGGUGCCCAUGGUGUUGGGAGAAGACACAUAAAAAACACCCUCAUCACAAAGCACCCAGACCGGUUUGCGUAUCCUAUCCCACAUACAACCAGACCUCCAAAGAAAGAUGAAGAAAAUGGCAAGAAUUAUUACUUUGUAUCUCAUGACCAAAUGAUGCAAGACAUCUCAAAUAAUGAGUACUUGGAGUACGGCAGCCACGAGGAUGCAAUGUAUGGGACAAAACUGGAGACCAUUCGGAAAAUCCACGAGCAGGGGCUGAUUGCAAUACUGGACGUGGAGCCUCAGGGAUUGGAAAAAUCUUCUGGCCAGGGGUGGCUAGAGGCAAAGUCUCAAUCCUGGUCCUGGUCUUCGACAUCCUCUCCUUGGGUUCCACACUGGUCUUCACCUGAACGUCGUUUUCUGCUGGCACUGAAGGUCCUGAGAACUGCUGAGUUUGCUCCUUUCGUGGUGUUCAUUGCGGCACCAACUAUCACUCCAGGUUUAAAUGAGGAUGAAUCCCUCCAGCGCCUGCAGAAGGAGUCUGAUGUCUUACAGAGGACAUAUGCACACUACUUCGAUCUCACAAUUAUCAACAAUGAAAUUGAUGAGACAAUCAGACAUCUGGAGGAAGCUGUCGAGCUCGUGUGCACAGCCCCACAGUGGGUCCCGGUCUCCUGGGUCUAUUAGGCUUCUCCCUGGCUAUCUGAGUAUAAAACCGGGAGAUGCCUCCUACAUGGAAAAGCCUCUUUGUUAUCGGCCUUGUGUCAGCAGGUCGUGGUCCCUAGAGACUACCUAGUUGUAGUGUGACCUACAUUUAUAAUUAUUGUCAUGUCCAAAUAGAUAGGAGGAGAAAAACAAUUACACACUAAUUUAAAGAGACAGUAUCUUUUUUAAUCAGUUCUCCUAAACUUUAAUAAAAUGUAUCUUUAAAUGUAUGUAUUAUUCAAUCCUUUGGAAUGUUAUAUUUUUGGAAAUCAUAGCUUUUUAUUUCCAAGGCCCCUAAAAACUGCACAAAAUAGAUGCUGCUUUCUAUAAUCUAUUUUAAUAAUAAUAAACAAUGAUUCUGUUACCUUGACUGGGGGUGGAACACUACAUUCUUUUUAGAGUCUGAUUUUAUGGAUUGGAAUAUCUUUCUUUCCUUUAUUUAUUUGAAAUAAUUAGUCUAGUGAUUACAAAACAGUCAUAAAUUUUUAAAGGCCUUUUUUCUCUCUCUUUUUUUAAGUCCUUUAUGUAACAUCCAGAUACUGUGAUACUGUCUCUUUGAAGCACCCUGUAAACCUUUUAGAGAUUUGAAGUUGGGUCUUGACUCUUAAUGCAUGUGGACAGUCGCGAGCGUUCAUGCUGUCGGUGUGUCUGUGUUGGACAAAACAAUCUGUAAUUACAGCAAAGUACAUUCCGUUCACGGGGCACACCCAGGGGAAUAAGAAUAAAUUGCUAUUAUGACUAAGUUGUAAACCUAUGCACAUCCCUUGCAUUUCGGGCAACUUUAUAAAACAGAAAAAAAAGAAACUGAUUUUUAUUAAUAAUAAUCACGUAGUGAAAUGUGUUUGUAAUUUUGUCUCAAUUUAAUUUGUUGUAAGGGGGAGGGGGUAUUGCUGGUUUCGCCAUUUCAGAUCUGUGUUGUCUAAGAGUAUUAACGUUUUAAUUAAGCAAAGAAAUGCGGAUUUUUAAUCUGUAUGUAAUUGUUUUAAGCGCCCAUUUAAAAGAGAAUAUACUGUGCAAUGAAGAAACCAGUUUAGGCGUUUGCUAUAAACUGAAAUAUUCCAAAAGCAUAAUCUACAACAGCUCUGUAAAUUCCUUUAAUUGAUAACUAACAGGACAGUCUGACCAAUUUUUUUUAAAUAUACUUCAUUGUAUGUGUUCAAUAAUUAAAUGCCUUUGGGUCCUUCAUUUCAUUACAGAUUUGUUCGGGUCUCCAAGCUGGUAAUCUUUUCAGUUUUAAAUUUCGGUAGAUGCUCACUGACCCAUGAAAGGCCCAGGAAUGAGUGUCAGAUGGCAGGGCAAGAAAGUAGCCUGCCAGAACACAGCUUGGAGCACAGCUGACUCGAAGGGCCGCCUGUGGCCUCUCCUUCCUCUUGCUCUAUCCCUUGGCACAGGGGAGUCACCUGUCCUUGUUGCUUUAGAAACAGGUUCCAUUCUCAUCCCCUGCCAUGCUGUCAGUUCACUAGAGGAGGUUCGGGCUGGGUUCUCAGACUCUUUGCCAGAGGUCACUAGAGUGUUUCCCCUUCCUGUGUGCAAGAACAAGGCAUUGACAUGACUCUGGUCCUUGGAAACACACCAUCACUUUCAUUGCUUGUGGGUUAGGUGGCCUCCGUCACUUUGUGCCUUGGCAGGAUGUGCAGAACCAGUUCUGGGCUGAACAGCUCCUCUUGGGCACUGAACAGAGAAGGCAUGUUUGCACUCAUACUCCUCUUCUAUUCUCAACUAUUAUUACAUGAUAGCAUUUGGUUUCUAUUUGUAGACGAGUCUUUGUCAGUGCCCAGAUGGGUCACAACUUACCAACAAGAUAUUGUGAGAAUAACUUGUGUUUGGUCCCACAGUGGGGUGACCAAAUACCACACCAGAGACAGGCUCAACAGUGGGCUCUUGCUAAGUGGAGGGAGAAGACUCCAGGAGUUGCUUAGGGCUGUGUAGUGCUGACCUCGGUCUAACUGGUGCCCAGGCCAGACACCAUUAUUGCAGUAGUACUGACCAUAAGCCACUCUGUUCAGUGGCCCGGUACCUGCUCUACCUCUUCCAGUAAAGCACAAAGACCACAACUAACCAUGGAAAACAGAACUGUCCCCCCUCUGUUGACUCCCUCAUGCUCCCAUGUGCUCUUAAGAGCAAGCACAUCUCCAGAGAUGCUGGGAAGACCUAUCUGUAGCCAUCUACCGCAUUCCUCCAGGUAGAGUGAGCAUCACAAAGUGAAGCCAGCUUAAAUGUCUGUGACCCCAGACUGAGAGAAGUGCUCUGGCACUUGAGGCCCUGGGGGACUUCUCACUGGCCUUCUGGAGACUCUGAGAGAAGAGCACAGGCAGGCACCCUUCCUGCCCUUCUGCAGGUGGGGAAAAGCCCAUACCUAGAAUGUGGCAAUUUCCCCACCAGGUCAUCUGUUCUUUGCCACUAGUGCACAGCUCCAGAGCAGCGUGUUUAGGACUUAGAGAGGAAACACUUCUGAAGUCCAAGUACUAGAGUACAGUAGGACCUGGAGCAAUCGGAGGCUAUUGCUAAAAGCUUCCUGACUGCCUCCAUUUCAUGAGCAGAAACACACACACACACACACACACACACACACACACACACACACACACACCCUUUUAAAGACUAAAGCAAACCAUCAGAGAUCACUAAAUGAGUGGCCAGUUGAAUCAUAUUGCAGGUCUUCUCUGCCACCCCAUCCCCACUCCCCACAACAGGAGAGAGGGAGUGUUUGGAUCUCCUACGUUCUUUGUUAAAAAGAUGGAGUGGCCUGAUUUUCUAGUCACAAGGCAGUAAUUAUUUCUCACAUGCAUUGUAUUCCUAUCUGAACACUGAAAAGGAAAGAGUCACUCAGUUUAAUUCAUCUGGAUGUUUCCCAGUGUCGAGAGAACAUUGUAACGUUUUUUAGGUGCACCCCCUGUCAGGUGAGAUGGUUUCAGAUAUCUGCUCAGAGAAGCAAAGAAGUCAGUUGACCUACUUCUUGCUGUUUGCAUUCAGAAGGCAGAGUCCCAGCUGGCCUAUUGGUGGCAGGAUAAGUGAAGCUGCAGGGUCUCCCACCAUGCAGAGAACAGUGGGAAGCAGGGCCCCUUCCCACCAUCCAAGGCCUGGAGCAGGCAGGCCAAGCCAUCCUUUAAAGCUACUAUUAUCUUCUCAAGCUUUUCAUCCCAGAGUUCUCUUGUUUUUCAAUCAGGAUUCUCUUCAUUAAGGCUACUGGUUUAUUCUUCACAAAAGUUCAGUCAAUUGAGCCCCCCUCCAGGAAGCAGGAACUACUCAGAAUGGAAACCGCCCCUUAAGGAUGAGGCAGGGCAAAGCGUUCUCUUUAUGUCACACUGAUGGGAUGUUCUUUUAGCAUCUAGGGUCAGUUUCUUAUGCAGGGCAAAAUUAAGCUUCGCUUGCCACUAACACUGUCAAGAAAGCUGCUUGGUUAGGGAAUUCUUAAUAAAAAUGUCACCUUGGAAAGAAUAGAGGGCACACUGACUAGCAGCCCUCAUCACUCCUUGUUUCAGGUCAGCAACCUGGUGGGCAGCUAGUGCUGACUGUCAGAACUGAGUGCCGCGCUCUCAGCCUCUUCUCUUAACAAGGGCUGUCUGUGCCGAGGCCCACAGAAGCCCCUGUGUGCAACUUUCUUGUUCGUGUUUCUCGUUAGUUCCUUUAGAAAGAUGCCUUGCUUCUCGGUAUGGCUUUCAGAAGGGCUGCAUGCUCUUCUUAUCACUGCUUUUGUUUGGAGGCACUUGCCCUUUUCUGGCCCCUUUAGACAUAGGGUCUCCCUCUUUACGUGGCACUUCUGGCUACAGGACCGUAUUUGUGAGGCCUAAUGUGUAAUUGACUGUGCUUGGGCACUGCACAUGUCCAUUUGCCUUAAACUUGUGGGAAGUCUCAGAUUGCCUGGCUUACAAAGUGAAAGUUGGCAAUCACAUCCAUCCAGGAAGUCGAGGAAAAGAGGAAGAGUAUCCCAACCUUCCCAUCUACACUUCCUGUUGGUGCCCUUGGCCCACAGCAGCAGCAGCUAUAGGGAGAGAGUGGCACCAUCCCUGGGGCAGGCAUCCCCAAGUCUUUGCUGUUAGAGGGACAGGAAAGAGCACCCUGACUUCCACCACCUGUCACCUGACCCUCCAUUAACUCCCUUGAUUGAACCUGUGCAAAUGGACCAAGCAAAAAAAAAAAAAAAAAAAAA